AUGAUUCGAUAUUUAGCUGAAUUUUAUAAAAAUGAUAUGAAAUCUAAUAGUGAAGAUCUGUUAAGUGCCAUAUUGCCUUUGAUGAAACUUUUGUCUCUUACAGUCAUAGGAUUAUUUCUUGCACAUCCCAAAACUCAAAUCAUUCCAAGAGCCACAUUUAAGCUCCUAAGCAAGCUUGUUUUCGCCCUAUUCUUGCCCUGCCUAAUUUUUACUGAACUCGGUGAAAGUAUUACCAUUGAUAGCAUUGCUCGGUGGUGGUUCAUUCCGGUCAAUGUGUUAAUCAGUACUUUUGUUGGUUGCUUGCUGGGGUUGUUGGUGGUCAUUAUAUGUCGUCCGCCACCUGAGUACCAGCGAUUUACCAUCGUUAUGACUGCCUUUGGCAAUACGGGAAAUCUAUGUCUUGCUAUUGUUGGAUCUGUGUGUCACACUUCGAAUUCCCCGUUUGGGCCUCAUUGCCACUCGAGGGGUGUGGCCUAUGUCUCUUUCGCACAAUGGGUUGCUGUUAUUCUUGUCUAUACCCUGGUUUAUCACAUGAUGGAACCGCCGUUGCAGUUCUAUGAAGUUCUUGAAGAAGGGACUGAAAUUGAGGAACAAAGGCCGGUAAAUGAUAUCAGCAGGCCUCUUCUUAUAGAAGCUGAAUGGCCAGGCAUUGAAGAAAAAGAGACCGAACAUUCUAAGACACCAUUCAUUGCCAGGAUUUUCAACAGCAUCUCUAGUCGUUCAACAUCCACUUUCCCUGACAUUGAUAUCAAUGGUGACACUAGCGGGAGCAGUCCCAUGUCCAUUCGGUGCUUGGCUGAACCUAGAGUAGUCAGGAAGAUUCGAAUUGUUGCUGAACAAACUCCGAUACAGCAUAUACUUCAGCCCCCUACAAUUGCAUCUUUGCUAGCAAUCAUUGUUGGCACCGUGCCUCAAUUAAAAUCCUAUGUCUUUGGAUAUGAUGCUCCCCUGUCUUUCAUAACAGACAGCUUGCAGAUUUUAGCAGGUGCAAUGGUUCCUUCUGUGAUGCUCAUUCUCGGGGGUAUGCUAGCUGAGGGUCCAAAUGAUUCUAAGCUUGGACUCAGAACCACCAUCGGCAUAAUUGUGGCAAGGCUGUUGGUGCUUCCUUUGCUAGGAAUAGGGAUUGUGACACUUGCUAGCAAGUUGGAUCUUCUUGUAGCUGAUGAUGCAAUGUACAGAUUCGUGCUCUUGUUGCAAUACACUACACCAAGUGCCAUUUUAUUGGGAGCCAUCGCCAGUUUGAGGAGUUAUGCAGUUAGAGAAGCUUCGGCACUUCUCUUCUGGCAGCAUUUGUUUGCCCUGUUUUCAUUGUCUCUUUAUGUAGUGGUUUACUUUAAAUUGCUGCCAGCUAUGUAGCUUGAUCGGCUACCAUGAAAAUCUUGUUGGUUAAUAUGUUAGUAGGAAACUGUUAUCCAGAGUCAGUGCUGCUUGUCCCCGUUCCAUUGAAAAUGUAAGACGUUUGUCUGACUUGAUUUUUUUGUUUAGUUUGUAUGUUUUGGGACAGUAGUAUUUGCCAAUGAAGUUUGUGAAAACUUUAAAAAGUUUGCCCAACACAA